GGCGGCGGGUGCCAUGAGCAGCAGCUGCGCGUCCCCCGCCGCCGCCCGCCGCCGCCUGCAGCGCCGGGAUCGAUAGAGGCGGGGGCUGCGGACGCGCCAUGGCCGGCAGCGGCUACACGGACCUGCGGGAGAAGCUCAAGUCCAUGAUGCCCUACCGGGACGGCCACAAAGGCGGCGGCGGCGGCCUCCCUAGGGAGCCCCCCGAACCUCCGUACGACCGCAAGCGGCGGCACCAGGAGGACUCCGGCUCCGAGCCCAGCGACUACGAGGAGCAGAAGGAGGAGGAGGAAGCUCGGAAAGUCAAAAGCGGCAUCCGCCAGCUUCGCCUCUUCAGCGCCGAGGAGUGCGCCAAGAUCGAGGCGCGCAUCGAGGACGUGGUGUCCCGGGCGGAGAAGGGGCUCUACAAGGAGCACACGGUGGAUCGGGCUCCGCUGCGGAACAAGUAUUUUUUCGGGGAAGGCUACACCUACGGGUCGCAGCUGCAGCGGCGAGGCCCCGGCCAGGAGCGGCUGUACCCGCGGGGGGAGGUGGACGCCAUCCCCGAGUGGGUGCACGACCUGGUGAUCAGGAAGCUGGUGGAGCACCGGGUGAUCCCCGAGGGCUUUGUGAACAGUGCCGUCAUCAACGACUACCAGCCGGGGGGCUGCAUUGUCUCCCACGUGGACCCCAUCCAUAUCUUUGAGAGGCCCAUCGUCUCCGUGUCCUUCUUCAGCGACUCGGCGCUCUGCUUCGGGUGUAAAUUCCAGUUCAAACCCAUCAGGGUGUCGGAGCCCGUUCUGUUCCUGCCCGUGAAGAGGGGGAGCGUCACGGUGCUCAGUGGGUAUGCGGCCGACGAAAUCACACACUGCAUUCGACCACAGGACAUCAAGGAGAGGAGAGCUGUCAUCAUCCUCCGAAAAACAAGACUAGAUGCGCCUCGAUUGGAAACAAAAUCCCUGAGUAGCUCUGUGUUGCCACCAGGUUAUAACUCUGACCGCCUGUCGGGAAACAACCGGGACCAGAUCCUGAAACCAAAGCGGUCCCAUCGCAAGGCAGAUCCUGAUGCUGCCCACAGGCCACGGAUUCUAGAAAUGGAUAAGGAGGAGAACAGGCGCUCUGUCCUCUUACCAAAACAUAGGAGACGGAGCAACUUCAGCUCUGAGAACUAUUGGCGAAGGUCUUACGAGUACACGGAGGACUGUGACGAGGAAGAGGAGGACGGCAGCCCCGCCAGGAAAGUUAAAAUGAGGCGACACUGAGGAUUGCACUUCCCAGGCUCGUGGAGCUGAUGAGAUUGGCCUCCAGUCUGUGAAAACUUUCUCCUCCCUCUGGCUAUCUUCCAUCUAGCUUCAGUUUUGGUUUUUCCUUUCAGGCUGAAGAGUAAACAGGAAGGAUUUGCUUUUAUGAAUGGAGGAAUGCUGAGACAUACGUGAGGAAUGGAACAUGUCCAGUGCACAUGGUGUCCUGAGUCAUGGGUCAGGCGGGCAUCUCUCCCUUAGGAAGCAGAUAAAGUUAUGCCAGGUUGUCUGUUGGGAUUUCUUUUGAAAACACCAAAAAGUUUAACUGUUUCAUUGCGCAACAUUCAAGAAUUGUAUUUUUUUCUUUUGUUUUUGGUUUUUGUUUUGUUUUUUUUGCUUUAACACUUUUCCUUUCCAGAUGUUCUAAAUAUGAUGUUUGACCCCAGGAGCUAAAAUUCCAUGGUGGGCUCAUAUUCCUUGUUUCACCAAAGGGCUCCUUGGUCUCUUCUUACCUGGUGGUUUUUGGGUCUGUUUUAAGGGUGCCCUGCAGUAACUGGAAGUUUGAAGCUUUGCAGACCCCUCUUGCUGCGAUCAAUUUCAAAGGGUUUAGGACAUUUUUGUUGCACUUUAGUGUUUUAAAUGCCGAAGGUUUCCUUUCCAGACCCUUUUCCCAAGCCAGCAUGGGCUCGCAGCCCUGUGUCCCUGCGCUGCCCUCUCCAAGAAGAAUGUACUAGAGCUCUGGUUUCUCAGUGCUGGUCUGACUGGGGGCGUGCUGUGGUUGAGGAGGAAGGAAACGAGGCCCAGCAUUGUCUCGAGAUCCAUAUUGGAAUCUCAGGGCUGCCAGGUGAGGGAUCACACUGAGCACGUGCUGCUUCCCAGAGCUGGGGAUAGCCAAGAGGAGUAGGAGACGCUGUGCUUGUGAGGGCUUGUGCCUUGGGACCCCCGAGAAGAGCCUUUCUCCACUGCCCCUUCCAGGUGGAGAGAGAGUCAAUGCAGCAUUCCCAGCAGUCCCAUCCCGAGGGACUGGCUGCACUCUCACAGAGCAGGAGCAGGAGCUGCUGAGGCCUUGGGGGAGCCGAGCAGCUCUGUCCCCUCCGAGGCUGGCUCUGGGAGCAGGGACGCUGCAGGGGUCGAUGUUGGCCCCGGUUCAGUGCAUCCAGCACUGAAGUUGCCUGCUUUCUCCUGACUUAUUCCUGCCUGUGAUCCUGGGGUAGGGAGCUUCUUGGUUGCUACAGGAAAUGAUGAGAAGAAUCAGGUGUUCAGCCCUGUGGAGUUGUGUUAAAGCAUCUGCCAUCAUCAUCCUCUUCUCCCACCUGGUUUGUGUUAGCCCAGACCAAAGCCUUGGUGUUUGCAAAGUUUGGGGCCCGAUGCCAUAUUUAGUGCUGUACUUUUAAGGAAAACUUCCUCCAGUUGAUUCUUUGAACCCAAGUGUUGGCAGUUGUAAGGAGUAGUCUUAUUUUUAAAUUUUUACUGCUUUGCCCUCCCUCCAAUUGUAGUUUUUCUUAGUGUCGUGUCCCCCACACACUUCAUGGUCUGCACGCUUGGCAAUAAAAAGAUGUAAUAUAUUUUGAAACCUGUUUGCUGCUGUCUUGAGGGGCUCCUGGUCUAAAACAACCACCCAGGCGUUGUUCCCUGCAGUGCUGAUCAAGGACAUUUGCUGACAUCUGGGUCCCACUGUCCCUUCCCUUCCCUGCUGAUUUUCACCUGGUGUUGGGGUUCUGCUCAGGCUGGAUUUUGUCACAUGAGCUCAGAGGACGUUGCCAUCACCUUCAGCACAGUGCUGGCUGUGGGGGUGUUGGUGAGGUCCCCAGUGUCUGUCUCUGAUUAUCCAAUGGUUUCCCUGGUGAGAGCCCCCACUGGCUCCGUGCUGAGGCACAGCCUCUCAAGGAACACGUCUUGUCAGUCCAGAGAUCCAAAAGUUUGUGCUUCUACUGCUUGUGAAACCUUGCAAAUGCUGUUUUCAGACCACACGUAGCAUUUGAAGCGCUGUUCCUCACCUUCCCAGCUUUCUGCUGCAAAUCCAGGCCAGCUCUUGGCUACAAACCCCUGUUUUGGAAAGCUUGGCGUUCCUGUGAUAGCAAAACCGCAUGCAGGGAGCAGGGAUCCCUUCUCCUCCUGAUGGCUUUGUCUUUCUGGAUCCAUCCUGGCCAUGCCCCCUUACCCAUUGUGGUGCUGGGCUCUGCUGUGGGUGCAGAUGGUGACAGAGGUCACUGCCAGAGGUCUCAGCUCUCCUGGCUCACAAUUUUAUCCCUACCUCUCCAAUAUGAAUACUCUACCCUGCUGUCAACUCAGAAUGAAGCUGGAGCAGCCAGCCUUUCCACAGCUUCCCAGAGCAGGACUUCCAUGGGAUGAGGCACUGGCUGUGUCUCUGGGCAUCCUGAGGUGGUCUUAGCUCUGAGAUGGUCCCAGCCAUCACCUCAUCCUGGUCCUUGUGCAGUCUGUACGUGUGCAAGUUUCCUUUCCCAGCUUGUUUUGGUAUUCCUGCGUGUCCUGCUCGGGAGCUUUCCCGUCCUUCCCUCUUCCCAUCCCUGCAGUGGGUCAGAGCUGGCAGCUGUGGCUGGGGGGACAGGAGGAGCUCCUCUCCAGCCACGAUCUGCUCUUGGUUUUUAACCUGACUGGUUGGGGCUUGACACCUUGGAGAGAGAGGGAGCAGGAUGCAAGCGGGCAGAACCCACAGCAUCCCUCAGGAGAGGAAUCCCCAGCGUGCAGGCAGGGCCAUCUUCCCACUUGUACAGGCAUUUUCUAUAGACACGGAUGUAUAUGUGUAGAUAACAUGGUUUUUUAACUCUUUUGCACUGAACAACAUCAGAGUGAAACCUGGAUUCGGAACUAGAAUCGAUCACACAGAUCCAGAGGUUUGGAUCCUUCUUGUAACCUGUCUGGUUGAACAGUUUCAACCAGAACUGUUUCAAGUUGUGAAUUCAAAAUCAGGAAUUCCUGAUUUUCUCUGUUGGGCUGCACACAGGCCUCAGGUCAGGCCGGUGGCAUGGGGCUGGUGUGGAGCAGGGAGUGGGGUGAGCUCCAGUUUGGAGGCAAAACUUCUCCCAUCUGCCCCUCGGGGUGGGCUCAUGCACAGCCCUGACCCCGUUGGCUUUGUCGUGUGUCUGAUGUGGUUGUGUGUGGUCCAACCUCUCCAUCCACCCACAGCGUGUCCGUGCUCAGCCCCAAACGGGAGCUACAUCCAGUGUGACAAUCCGUGUGCCCAGACCAGGAGGACUGGCUUUCCUAAGGAAGGGGGAGGAAGGUGGGGUUCAUCCCUGCUUUUCUGCAAAGAGCAGGAGGAAUUGGGGUUUGUUAAUGGAUCUCGAGAAGGGUCAGUGGUGGAAUUAUCCAAGCCCAUGGAUCAAAACAGCUGCCAGGCUUUGAGGAGGGCUCAGAGGGGCUGGGGUCUAAACCCUUACCAGCAGCAAAGUCUUAUACCUGCCAGAAGUGUUCCCUUUCUCUGACAGGAGGAGAAACAUUCGGCUGAGAAAUGUCUCUGCUCCUUCCCCUGCCCAUACUUAGAAGUUAUGGCUGACUUUAAUUUUUGUUUUUUAAAAGAUUCUAAUUUUUUUUUGUUACCAAUAAAAAUAAAAAUUACAAAAAGAAGUUAAAAAAAAUAAAAAAUAAAGUGGCAAUAUUUUUUUUCCUGUAAGCUUUUCCUAGGAAAAAGCGUGGUUUGUAACAAAGUUGUACAGUUCUGAAGUUUGAGAUACGAGAAGUACUGUGUGAAACGCUGUAAAUGGGGCAGAGAUUAUUUUAUGUACAGUCUGAUGUGGGGGAAUCUUUUAAUUCCGGUUGAUUCUUAGGAAGAAUUUGGUUCUUCACUGUCAGGGUUUGGAAUUUCAUGGUUUCAUUAUUAUUUUUUUUUUUUCUUGUAUAGAUUGCUGCAUUAAUUGAAUAAAAGCAGAAAGCAUCA